AAGCCUACUUUUUCGUCAGGCACAGCUGCUGUGUAUUUGUUUCCGGUUCAAACGGAAACGAGGUCCUCACAGUGCGGUUGUUCUUCAGGAGCAGAAAAGACGGGAUUUCAGUGCUUUUUUUGUGUGUUUAAAUCAUGUCUGGAAGAGCAGGAGGUAAAAAGAAACCACUGAAGGCCCCUAAAAAACAGGACAAAGAAAUGGACGAGGACGACGUUGCCUUUAAGCAGAAGCAGAAGGAUGAACAGAAAGCCUUAGAUGCCCUGAAGGCCAAGGCUUCAGGAAAAGGACCUUUAGGUGGCAGUGGAAUUAAAAAAUCCGGCAAGAAGUAAAGUGUGGCUUUUGCCAUCACUUCCAGUGACUUUUGUACCCAUGCUGGUCCAACCCCAUUUGCUUGGCCGUCUUCAAAUUUGGAUUGUGACGAUUUUAAAGGGAACAUGUCUUGGUUUUUUUUUUUGGUACAAAUAGAAAACCUUUUUUUUUCCAUUUCUAGUUUCUUUUUAUUGUGAAAGGCAGACAGCAAUAAAGAUUUCAAUCACUCA